CAGGUUUCAUGACCAGACAGGGAGUCUUGUGGGCGGGAGGCGCGGCCUUCAGCACAGCCCUGAUCCUGUUGACAUGGAUGGCACCGGCAUCGCGCGUUACGCGCCAGCGGGCGGUGUUGGAGUCUGCGAUCUUACCUCCCAAGGCGUUUCGCGAUUGGGUCUAUGAGAACACCAAGACCUCGGCGACUCCCAGCAACGAGAUCCCCAUGGACAGAUUCUCCGGACGUGGACUGGGAAAGAGCCGGCAGACAGUGAUGCCGGGGUACGAGGAGCAGGACGCCAAGGAGCUGCGGGAGGCAUACGAGGAAAAGUACCGCAGCCUCCAGCCGGACAUGGAGAAGCUGGAUGCGGAGAUCGCCAAGGAGGGAGAGACGCCGGAGCUGCGCGAGCAGAAGUUGAAGCUGGAUGAAGAGCUCAAGGACGCCAAGGACGCCUGGAUGGCAGCGCAGGGGAAAGUUAUCCGGCUGAACAAGGAGCUGGUGAAUGGCAAGCUUUAUCACUGGAACAAGGAGAAUGGUCUCGGAGGGUCGGACAACUUCGUUCCCGUGGAGGAGGCGCAUGCCCAGCUGAUCGGUGGAGGGUAUGGCAAACGAUACAGCAUCGUUGACUGGCUGGCCGGAGAGUGAGGAGCGGGCGGGGGAGCGUGCGGGUGGGUAAGGUGUAAUCUAUGACUAGCGGACAGACUCUCCGUAGCUCUUAAAGGUUGGAGAGAGC